AUGCUCGCUGGGCUCCCUGCAGAAAUAGUCUUGCUAAUAGCCGAAUCGCUCGAGAACGGCUCGGACGUGGUGAAUCUAGCACGAUGCUCCCAUCAGUUGCACAGGAUCACAAUUCACCAGGCCUACAGAUCCAUUGAUAUUAAACAUUACUGCACGGUGUCCUUGUCCACAUUGGUAAACACGCUCUUCCAGAAGCCGAAAUAUGCGCAAAGAGUGCAACGCCUCAGCUUCAACAAACUCCAAGCUCACUUGCACCAAGACCACGACGAGAGACCAUCUGCUGUCCGGGCCCUGAGCCCAUUUGUCAUGGAAACUGUGAAGGAACUGAGUUCUUGUCCAGCGGAAAAGAACGAAUGGGUGGCUGCCUUGUCUGCAAACACGGACCCAGACGAGAUGAGCAGCGAUGCAUGGUUGGCAGUCUUGCUCUGCUGCGUGCCCAACAUCGAAUACCUGGAGAUGGAAUGGGGCUCCCCCAGCUCCGUAUUUUCCUCGCGGUUAUUGAACCGUGCCGCGUUGCGGAGAGGCGCGUUCUCUAGUCGUCUUCUAUUCACCCGGCUGCGCGAGACCUCGAUCAAAAGUCCCUACGAGGAGCUCGAGCCUUACCCGCUGGAGAAAGUGGCGCCGUUCUUUCGAUUCGAAACUAUGCGGAAAUUUCGAGGGUCGCGGCUCUGCGACAUGGACGAUCGAUGGCCCAACAGGUUCAGCAUGAUGGUACCCCUGGGUACAUCCUCGGUUGAGCACAUCGAGCUCGAGCAAGCACAUUCCGCCCGCGCGUUCCAUACCUUCAUCAAGGCGUGCAAGAACCUCAAGACCUUCCGACAUCUUCAGCGGCGAUCGUACGGCACCUACCUCCACAGCUACAGCUUCCACUUCCCGAACAUGCAGUACAACCGCUUCAGCCAGUUCCUGGAGCGGGCGAGGAGGACGCUGGAAAGCCUGCACCUCGACCACUACUACCAAGAAGAUGGAGAUGACUGUAACGACUGGAUGACUGACUGGUUCGGCAGCCUGAGGUCUUUCAAGAAGCUGAAGCACGUCCAUUUGCGAAUGCGCCGGUUCGUCGUGGCGGAUUACGAUACCGAGAAGGUGGUGAUUGGCUUGAAACGCCUGCUGCCGGCGUCAAUUGAGCAUCUGUCGCUUUCGGAUCUGGACGGGCCGCAAUUCUGCGUCGCUAUCAGUGAGUUGAGGCGUUUGGUUGCGGCGCGCGACAGGUUUCCGAAUCUCACGGCGAUCUCGCUCGAAGGGAACUGGGGUGGUGGAUAUUCCGCGAGGGCCACGUCGCUGCCAAAGCGAGAGGUCAUGGCUCUGAGCGAGAAGCUUUGGAAGGACUGCGAGCGGGCGGGGGUUUCCCUUAAUCUCCGCAGCAAUCGAGCCCCUGUCAGCCGGUAUGGAGGACUCCAGGAGCGCUGGGUACAUUAUUUCCUGGACGGGUGA